UCUAAUUAGCCACGAUUGGACGACCUCGUGGCAGUCAGCUGCAGCAGCUUCAACGUGUAACAGUUGUAAUAAUUUACUAUAAUGUCGUCUGUAGUGACACCAGGAGAACACAAUUAGAUGAGUGAUUAUGGCAGACUGUCUCCCUCGUUCUGGCGACACCAUGACGUCAGCAGCUCACGAGAAUCUGGGUCUGCAUGCGUCAUCGAUCCAUGGAAACGCACGGUACUGUGAACUGAAAUUUAAUGUUUUGUGUCGCUGCUGAAUCUUCUUUGUUAAAAAGUGUUCCAUUUUAAGAUUGCGCAUGCAUUUUGCCAGUUAUUGAUCGUGAAUUGAUUAGCAGUAAACACAAAAUGCAAAGGAUGUCAAUUUUUACUUUUACGUGCAAAUAGCAGGGAUUAAUAAAUGUGUCUUAGCAUAUUCAUUCUAACUGUAAUAAUAAAACUUAAAUCUUAUUGCGAUAUUUCGUUGUGAAUAAUGGAUUUUCGUGAGCGGUUUAAAGACAGAACGACACGACGAGGAUGUGUAAUUUACGCAUCGUAAACAAAACAGUGUGAGAUGCCAUCGACCGACUAUUACCAGGCUGUUGUCGACCAAAACAUAGACAACGGUUCGUGUAGCAGCCGAAACCAAGCCUAUUCCAUUCAGCCGAACCCGGACUUAUCAGCGAUUCAUUCUGAAGUCUGCGACAAUAAUGACAGCAGUAUGACGUUCUCCAAGAAUAACUCGGACAUCAAAAAAGACAAGGACGGUUCAUGUGUGGCGGAUCAAAAACCAAAGACACGCAUUGACUUUGGGGAACAUUUUCCUGAUGGGGGUUGGGGUUGGGUGAUAACUGUGGCCGCCACUUUGGUGUAUGUCCUGUGUAACGGCAUUCAUUACGCCUUUGGAAUCUUUUAUCUGAGCAUACAGAAGGAGAAGAAGAUAAAAAUGACCGACAUGCACAUAGUAUGGUUAGGAACAGCUGGGCUGAGCAUCUCGCUUCUUCUUACCCCUGCAGUAGUAACCGUAUGCCAGAGGAAAAGUACCCGAUCCUGUGCAGUUGUAGGGGGUGUGAUUUGUUCCUUGGGGGUGCUUCUUUUGUCAUUCUCCAACAAGGUCGAUCAGCUGUUUAUCAUCUACUGUGGGAUCCUGUCUGUGGGGACGGGAAUUUCCCUCAGUGCCGCCAGCAUUAUCGUGGGGCGAUACUUUCUUCAGAGGCGGGAACUCGCGGAGAUGAUCAUGACAUGUGGCACUGGUGCUGGGGCUGUUGUAAUGGCUCUUGUUAUAUACGGACUUAAUAGGUCUAUGGUUUGGAUGAAAACCAUGCAGUGUUCAGUUGGCAUCUUCAUUCUAACUAUUGUAGCGGGUGCAUUGUAUCGCCCCGCGUCCAUGUACCACCCUCGCCGGAAAAUGAUCAUGCAUAUCAAAAGCCAGAAAAAGGGCAGAAGAGACCAGGAAGAGGUGGAACCGUCAUAUUUUGAUUUUAGUGCUCUGCGCAUGCGUGGUUUACAAGCUCUCAUGAUCAUUUCCGGUAUAGCUGCCUUUGGGAUUUUUGUGCCAUUCAUCAUCUUGAUUAAAAUUGGAUACGAUCGCAAAAUGGCGGAAGUAGACCUGCUUCUAAUUAUUGUCUACCUGGGCCUUGGUUUUGUUCUUGGGGUCGUUGCUCAAGGUUAUAUCAUUAUCAAAGACAGCAAAAGCUGCUCCAUCUGCCGGCGUUGCCUCUGUCAAGCGAACUGUUUGGCUUGUGGUGUUUUGACGCUUCUGUUGUUGCUGGAAAAAGACUACAAUUCCUUUGCACUGUAUGCUUGGGGAUUCGGCAUUUUUUGUGGGGGAUAUUUUUACACUCUUAAAAUGUACACUUAUGAAAUUGUGAAGUUUAAAAUUAUGGAGAGGGCCUGGGGAUUUGUGUGUGCUGCUCAAUUUUUACCAAUUCUCAUUGGAUCACCAAUAUCAUUAUAUCUGAACAGUAAUCAUGAGAAUGAACAUGCUGGGUUUAUUUUUGCCGGUGUUGCGAUGGUGCUAGCAGGACUUUUGUUUUUCCUCAUGCCAGCAUUUGAGAAACAUAAAUCGAAUUCAGAGGUCAGGCAAAUGGCGAAGAAUACGUGCAGCAAAAAUAGCACAGAAGCUGCCGCUCUCUUGGACCUUGAUUUGACCGAUGCCAUGGUCACCAAACCUCUUAACAACGUACAGUUUAUUGUGUCUCCUGCGCGACUUAAACAUACCAACAAAGAGGCUGGAAAGUUUCAAAUGCAGUGUUUUAUUCAUCAAAAGGAGAAAGAAAAACCUAAACAAAUUGUUUUGUCAAAAAUAACAGAGGAAAAAGAGGGUUUAAGACUCGAUUUUAAUGAAGUUUCACAUGGCUCUGUUGCUUCUAAACACAAUGACAGCGGUAUACAAGACAAAGGAGAGGCGGAUCCAAGAAAACCUAACAUUGCAGAUUUUCCCUCAGACAGUGUGCAGUCUAGUCACACGGGAAAAUCGAGCUCCGACAGUUGUCAUUCAAAAUCUGAAAGCAGAAAACUUAAGAAAAAUAUAGAUAAUGUCAAAAUCGAACUGUUUGAUCCGCCAAGCCAGGAAAAAGAAUCUACGGCCACGGUUUCGUACGACAGUGACUUGUACAUUAAUCUGUGCGAAGCUCAAGUAUAACCAUUAUAGUUGAAGUGAAAUUCAUAUAUCAAAAUUGAUUUUUUCAAAUAUCGUUCAGAAUGCAUUUUUGACAUUUUUGAACAAUAUAAAGCCUUGUUAUCGGGUUCAUUGAAACCUUUGGCCACACUGGAGAUGAAGUUGGUUUGUAGAAUUGGCAAUGUGAUAUUAAAGUAGGAUGUUCAGCGUUCAGACAGCCACCUUGGAAAGACGGUCAAUAUUAUUUAUUCUAGUGACAGAUUUUGCGUCAAAACGUGCUAUUUGCAGUUAUGGUAUAUUGGACACAUCAUGACACCGUCAGAAAAGAUUUGAAUGUUGAGGAAUUCUGUGAGAAUUUCUUCAGGGAAUGAUUGAAGUAUAGGGCAAGUUUUGCGUAAUGAGGCUUUAUGUUCAGUAUUGUACGAAAAGAUAUAUUUAUUUAAACUGUUUUACGACAGUGGUAUAUAAUGGGACUGUUUUCUUAACAGGAUAUAUGAAGCGAUUGUUCCCGUGAAUCGACCAGUUUCAGAAAUGGACUUAAUAAUCAUGCAUUUACACAAUAUACACACCAUUUCCUUAACAAUUUCAGAAUCAUUCCACUAAACCUUUAUGUUUGCCUUGGAUGUAAGUUUUUCUCCCUCUUCUGAUAGGAGAGCUUCUAUGCGAUGGUACAGUUUCUGUCGUCCGUCUAUCUGUUUGUGUGUUUAUCUGUAAAUAACUUUUGAACGUGCCUCUCCUCCUAUAGUUUUUUUUUCCGAAUUGAAUUGAACUUUUUUCAGAUUUUGAUAGCGGUUGCUAUGAUGAAUAAAGAUAAAAUUAUCUUUGAAAAUCUUCAAAACGUUACAUUCCUAAUGUUUUGGAUUAAUUACAAGUAAACUUGAUUGACAAGAAGGAUGAAAACAGAUUCCUUUAUAUCGCACUUGCGUUUUGCCAAGGAUACUUAAACACAAAAUUUCUUUUAUAAUUUAUUUUUCAAAACGCUGGUUCUCCUUACACAAAUAGACUACAUCAAUAUACUCACCUCUAUAUGUUAUCUAUUAAUUUCAAUAAACGUAGUUGCUAUAAUUAUUAAAAUUAGAACAGCACUUGAAAUUCGUUCAAAAUAUUGCAUGUUCUUAUCAUACAAUUUGUUCGAUUUCAAUAAAUUUUAGUACACAAGUAGAUUACACUAUAGUUCAUAACUCUGUGCUGCCAUUAUAACUAAAAAAGAAUCCUCUUUGAAGUUCUUUUUAAACAUUUCUCCUCCUAUAGUUUUUAGUUUUAAUUACUUCCCUUACCUAUGCAGCAAUAUACCCUUAUCAUCUGCAUACGGGGUUUAUAACUCUCAGUUGAUUCGAUACGCCAGAGCAUGCUCCACGUAUGAACAUUUUCUAAAACGAGGCAAGUUAUUGACAAACAAGUUGAUGAAACAAGAAUAUCAACAGUCUCGUUUAAAGUCAUCAUGGUCGAUAUGGACCAUAAAGUUCUAUGGUCCUUACAAUGACCUUGUCAGCAAAUAUCAUUAAGUGAAAUGCUGACUUACUUUUUUCGUACUAUUUGUUUGGCCAUUAUUAACACACUGAAUUGUCGACGGAUUUUUUCGGUAUUUCCCUAUCAUGACAAGGAGCACACGGCGGUGUGACCGGUCGGCAGGGGAUACUCACUCCUCCAUGGCACCUGAUCCCACCUCUGAAGUUUUAGAGGUCCGUGUUUGCUCUGCUCUUUUAUUGUAAUGUUUAAUGGAUUUUUGAGCUCGAAUACUGUUCGUUAUCUCCACAUAUUUCAUUACAUGUACAAUUUAACGAUGUAUACAAAAAAAAAAUAUGUCAAGCUAUUCAGUUCUAUCUAUCUGUUUUUAAAUUCGAUGAACGGUGAUGCCAUUGCUACUAAAAAUUGAUUUUUUUUUUUUUUUGGAAAUUCUCUUUAAUCAACCCCCCCCCCCCC